AUGUUCUUCUCACCUUGUGGUCCAUCCCAAAGGACCUUCAACUCAAGCUUCAAACGAUUUCUAUCAACUGCCCCACCGACUACUCGAAAAUUAAAAGCUCGACCAUUGAUUGGUAGAUAUACAGAUAGUUUUCCUUGUGAGUUAGCAAGGGUUCAAUCAGGUAGAUCAGUCAACCUUCGAGAUUAUGAAACUCAAGUUAAGAUGAAAAGGUUCUCUUAUGAUUUAAAGUUAAAAGAUGGAAAAGUUUUACCUGCUGAAGGUAAUCAGUUUAUAGGUCCGAAUGGAUGUUCACUUAGAGAACCAUUUUCUCCUACGUUUCAAGAAGUCGUAAGAAACUUUAGAGGUGUUAAUAUUUUAAUUUAUAUCAUUCCAGAAGGUACACCAUUACCGAAGACAUUAACUUUACUUCAUGAACAUAGUGAUCAUUUCUCAUUACAAUGUAGUCAACCAAUGACACUUCCAGAAUUGAAUGAAGAGAUUACAAAGUUUUUGGAACUUCAUGCUAGAACGAUUACCAAGGAAGAAUUUGAUGUUGAAUAUCCAUUUGAAAUCUAG